CUUCUGUGUGUGACUUUCUUUGAGUUCAGCCCCUCCAGGAGACUCAGGUUUAUCUGGAUGAAAAGUGAAUUCAUUCAGGAUCUGCGAGAGGGCAGGAAAGGUCUGCUGCCAGCACGAGGUUGGGAGAGAAAGAGAGAGAGAGUGAGUGUGAGAAGGAGAGGCGCUGGGAGACGGGGGGAGAAAAGAGAGAAGAACCCGACUUUAACGUAACAACGGAGCCGGGAGCAGAACUUGAGUCAUGGCUGCUUUAUCGGCUCUUGGGCUGCUCCUUAUCAGCCACCUUUUAGCAUCCUCUUUCGCGCAGAGACCUGGCCCUAAAGGAGAACCCGGCCCGCCUGGACCCCCAGGCCCUCCUGGGAAGGACGGCCGAGAUGGAGAGAAUGGUCCUGCUGGUUUGCCUGGCCCACCGGGUCCUAAAGGGAAAGCAGGUCAACCUGGAAAUGCAGGAAGUGCUGGCCUCCCUGGUCUCCCUGGAGUAGAUGGAUUACCAGGUUCUGAUGGCCCACAGGGUAAAGUUGGACCUCCUGGCCCAAGGGGAGAUGAAGGCCCACCAGGACCAGGAGGCUCACCUGUAAGUAAUUCAUGUUAUACAAAUCACAUCAGGGCUGGAUGGUUAGGAUUAUUAAAGGGGGCAUGCAAGACGAUCCUGCUGGGCACUACUGGGGUACAGUGAAAGUAACG